AUGUCCGACACCAUAGCGCUGUACAGACGCAUCUUGUCACUACUGACGCCCCAAGAACUCCACCGCGGCUCAAAUUGCGUUCUCUGUGACGAGCUCUCAGCUUUGCAAUGCUCAGUGGAUACCGUCAUGGCGACAUUCAUCAAGGUGGGCGAAGUGCGCGACGCGGUGAACCAACUGAAUCAAGGCAAACCGUCCACGGGUUACGACGCGAGUCUCAUGGAUACAAUGGACAGGACCAUACGCCUGCAAAAGGAGUUAGGGAUUCGAUUGGAGAAAGUAGCAGCUGGGAUGAAAGUGAUGGAAGUGUUGUCAUCGAAAGAAGACGAAGACGAGGAAGAGGGAUCAAACCGAAACGAGAGUCGAGAUACACGGAAGCGGAAGGCGGUCGAUACGAUUGAUGAUAAUGGAACGACAGAAAUCAAGGAAGAAGUAUCCGCACCAGAAGACGAAGAGACAACACGCAAGAAAAAGAAGAAGCGCGCGGACUCUCACGAGAACGACAAAAUCCAGAAUGGAGCCGAGGCAAAAAGGUCGGCAGAUGCAAAGAAGCAAAGCAAAGAUUUCUCUCUUGCCCAUGAUGCCCUCAAUGCAAUAUUGAAGGUAAAGACGGUCAACAAGAGAAUGCACAUGAAAUCGGAGAGUAAAUGGGCACUCGCCCUGUCCUCCACCAAGCGUGUACUCGAACAUCAGUCUAUCCGAGAUACUCACGAUACAGAUAAAGAAGCGGCCGCUGAGGCUGCUCGCGCUCUAGAGGCCGCAGCCGAAGUAUACAAGAAGCUGGAGUGGACCACCGAAGGCGCAACGGAGGCACGAUCUGCACUUGCGGUGCUGACUGAUGCGUGUAUAAAGAAUAAGAUGCUCACGGUCGUUUUUCACCGAGCCCGGGCUCAACUAGAGAGUGUGAUUUCGAGUAUCCCAGCUUACCUGACACAAGCGCCUUACGAUACAGAGUCUACAAUUGCGCAUAUCCCACCGGAACGUUGGCUCAAAGAAUAUUACAAGCUUGUCAAUAGUGUGCGCGCGCGGUCACCGCAAGCAAAGGCCAAGCAAGUCAUUGAAGCUCUGAUUGCAAUCCAAAAAGUGAUGGCAGGUGACGAUACAGGUGCGCGCCAAGUCGACGUGCAGCAAUCUGCCGGCUGUGUGCGUCGCUGGAUCACCGACGUUCCGUUUCAGAGUGACCUGGCCAGGGAGUAUGUCAACUUUGCAAACAGCAUCACUGCUUAUAGUAUGAAGUUGUCGGGAGAGCAGACACAAGCGGAAUGUCAAAGACUUGGUACAGACAUACUCGCGCUACUGAAUGAGAAAACUGAAUCAUCGAAAUUGACAACGAACGCUCGCGCGCAACCGAGGAUCUCAGGAACGAUGGAAAAAAUGCAAGGACGACUACUAUCCGCAAUGAGUCGAGUCAAAAGUUGGCAGGGCGGAUAUUUCUCCAUGAGCCAGCUUGAUGGAGUGAUUCGUUUGAUCAGCGAUGUAGUCUCAUACAAGGUAAGGGAGUGGAAUUCUUAUACGGAACAACUUCUGCGCAAGUGCUUAAAGGACGUAACGAGCUCCAUCAGGACGAUCCAGCCGACUAGGGACCGCGAAAGAUAUUUGAAAAAGAUAACUAAGUGGGAGACUAUGCUGGAUACGCCGUAG